ACGAAAUACGCAGAUUUUCGAACUCUACAUUGCUUAGACUGCAUUACACGCAAUUCCGUUUGACACACUUCAAUAUGUUCGCCAUCCAACCCGCCCAGAACUCUUCCAACGAGACAUCAACCGAUAAAUUCACUCCGAACAUUCUGCCCUGUCGCAUCCACCACGAUGGCCCCGUUGACACGCUAGGUCGCUACUGGACGCCUACCACUGAUGAGAAAGAUCGGAACCUGCAGACAGCCUACUUCCGCGGCCGCAAGCUAAGGGGUCGCCGAGUCGCAAUCCCUGAAGGCUACGAGGGUGUCAUUGCAACCCCCACAGACCGGACGAUGCCUGCUACCCGUACGAGCGCCGACGUCGAGGUCGAGGAAGUCACACCAGAAGAGCCCGUGAAGAUCCUUGAGAAGCAAGGCACCUUUGACGAAUAUGUGGUCUGGGGACAUGAGUUUGUGCCUGCGGCAGAUGAGACCUUUGUUAAGGGAGUGGAGGAGUGGAUUAAGCUGGCUGAAGUGAUGCAUACGACUCCUGACAGUGAAAAGCAAUCGUCUACUUGAGGGAAGGCUUACGGUGAACAAUCUCAUUCAAAACGAGGGCACAUAUUUGUGUCCGCGGGCUGGAUGGGUUCCUUGACUAACCCUGUCAACACAUGAGCAAAGCCCCCUAUUCGAUGCGUUCCUAUCGCCAUACACGAAGUCACACCACCGACCUACUGCAAUCAGCCAUAUAUGGACAAGGACUAUGCUAGAGCCGUGGCGCUAGCGGCAUGCCAAAGGUGGAAGGGACGUCCAAGCUCCGAGUCGCUUUAUGCAGACUGCGAUCUUGCCGGAAGGCUACGAUUCAAGGACAG